AUACAGCUAAGAUUUUGGUGGUUUUAUUUUUCCAAAGUUAUACAAGUACCAAUGAUUUUUUUUUGUUUGUUUGUGUUUGGACAAGGUCUCAUUAUGUAGCCCCAAAUUCACUGUGUAGAUCCAGCUGGCCUCACACUCACAGCCUGACUGAGCCCUGAGAUGAAAGGCCAGCUCCACCAGGACCAACACAAAUGAUUUUUAAAAAAACAUGAUUAUUGGUCCUUUCAAUUCAAGGUCAUUCAGAAAAUGGCAGAUUCUGGCCUGAAAAAUCAUUAUUGUGCAAUUUCCAGGGGAAGGAGGUGUUCUGGACAAUCUGAUCACCCACAGUUACUCUCUUCUCCCUUUCAGAUGUCAGUGUCGGUUUUUCUCACCCCAGGGCCCAGUUGGCGAUCACUUCUUCCUGCCUCGAAGAUGGAGCACGGGAGUGUUAGAAGGAAUCCGUUAGGCUGGACCCCAGAGGUGCAGUCUAGUCCCAAGGCAGUCCCUCACACAUCUUCCCUAUCCCUCAGGCCCCAGAGUCCUGACAGCCGAGACCUUUGCCUUUAACACCUGAAGGAAGGAAAGCCAGCAGCCGGCAAUCUCGCUAUCUGCGUGAUUUGGCGGGAGUAAGGGGAAGGUGUCUCGUUUGUGGCAAUGGCAUAAGCAAUAACGUCAUUAUUUACCAGCCUACUGCGAGGGAAUGUGAGACACACCCUCCCUCCCAAGGCCAGUGAUUCCGCCAGGGCCCUCUCGCGCCAGGGAGCCAGUGACGCUGCAGCUGACUGCUAGCAGGGCAGGGGCGGGGUUUGGGGGGGCGGCAAGAGGUGAAGGGAAGUGUGCGUGUUCUUGUCGGAGGAGGGAGAAGAACUCUACCCCGGGCCCCAGCAACAAGGGCGGGGGACACCCUGUCCCUGCCGACGCUUACUAGCGCGCGCACCGUGCUCAGGCACUCCGGGCUUCCCUGCGUCAUCCGCAUCCCGGGCGCCCGCCGCGAUGCUGCCAUUCAUUUCUCCCACACUGCCAGCUAGAGCAAGCCUCCAGGGCUGAGGGAACCGCGUGGAGCGACUGGCUCUUUGAGUCUGGAUUUUGGCGCCAACAGCGGUCCUACGGUUUGUGGGGAGUCUACUCUGGUGCGCGCCGCGGUUGCAGUGUUUAAGAUCCUUUCCCUGAAAGGCCGCGACGCAGUCUCGGGGGACAGACCCUGUGGUACACAAAUAGGGACCAGGUAUGCAGGUAGAUACAGAAAGCCCAAAACCGACACACGGAGACCGAGAUCGGAUACACAGAGGUAGGCUGACAGAUGCUCAGACAGUCGUAUACAAAUUGGCCAACUGACGGAGACCUACGCGUAACUAGGAUACAGGAGCGCGCCAAGCACCGUGGCACCAUCCCCAGGCCCGAGCUCUUCCCGCGCUCCAGUCGGUUGGUUCCUUCCCCUCUCUCCACGCGUAUUCCGCCCUUUCCCGGCCGCCUUUCAGAGUCCAGGGCCGUGUCCACAGCCAGGCUGGCCGCCGCCAUCUGGGGCCCCGCCGAGCCCCCAGCUUUUUUUGCGCUCAGCUCCCAGUUGCUCUCUCCUAACCGCAGCGUCCGUCCCUCCCCUUCUCCCCGAAGCACUGGGCUGGCCGCUCCCACCUAGCUGUCGCCUGCACCGGCCGCUGCGGUUCCCCGGGCCCACGUGGCGGCCAUCCGGCCACCUCGCGGGAACCUCCCACGGCCGCGCGCUCCACUCCAGGGAUCACCGGGCUCCCUCGGACCGCUGGGCCCCGCCUCUUAACGCUGGCCGGUGCCCGCCCCGCCUCCACCGCGCCCCGCCCGCCGUUCUCUGCCGCAGUCGGGCGCUCAUCGUCAUUCCGCUCUCGCCGCCGCCGCCGCCCCCGCCCCGCCCCCGCCCGGUCCCCGCCGCUGCCGCCGCCGCCUGCCCAGCGGCCCGGGAGGCGGAGGCGCGGGGGAGGAGGCCCCGCUCGGCUCCGCAGUCCCGGAUGCUGUAUGACUUCAUCCUUCCGCCGGCUCCCCUGCUGAGCUAGGGCCGGUCCGGCAGCUAGCCUCUGCCCGUGCCCCGCCGCAGUCCCUAGCCCGCCCGGUGCCCGCCAUGUCCGAGAUCCUACCCUACGGCGAGGACAAGAUGGGCCGCUUCGGCGCAGACCCCGAGGGUUCCGACCUCUCUUUCAGCUGCCGCCUGCAGGACACCAACUCCUUCUUCGCUGGCAACCAGGCCAAGCGGCCCCCCAAGCUGGGCCAGAUCGGCCGAGCCAAGAGAGUGGUGAUCGAGGAUGACCGGAUAGACGACGUGCUGAAGGGGAUGGGGGAGAAGCCUCCGUCCGGAGUGUAGACGCGCCGACGCACUCAUGCACUUUAGAACCUCGGGCCGCAGCUCCACCCCGCACACCGGAACCGACACAGAGACCCACGGCCCCCAGCCCGCCCCCUCCCGCACGGCUCCCCUGCCCCGCCCCUCCUCCGAUCAAUCUGGUCUGCAGCCCGGGCAGCUGCGGCGUCGGACUGCGCGGCCAGGGAGGUUUGGCUGCAUAUUUGCAUGAGCUUCCUACCCACCUCAGCCUAGCCCUCCGGGCCGUUCCUCAACUGUACCCCUGUCUGGCGUGACCCCAGCCUCUUUCUAAGGGACUUCCUCAGCACAUUUGUAUUUUUAUAUCCGAUUCUUUGUUUACUGGCUCCGCUCAUGGUUUGUGCCCUUCCCCCACAGCCUCCGCCAUGCUCUUCUGCGCCUGGCAGAUAGGACAGGUGUUGAGACUGGGAUGGGACAAGCCCCCAACAUGGUAACUAACCACAUGGCCAGUCUGCCCAGUUCUGACCCUAGGAGGCUCAUUGGGAGACUCCUCCCUCCCAAGGUAUCAUCUUUUAAGGGCCCAAGUCUGAUUUUACCUUGGACCCCUUCAUGCUACCCCUGGAAACCCAAAUGGGGACUGCUCAGUACCUUUGGAUGACAUCUGUGGACCGGAAGAUGUUCUCAACCCAGGGUUGUCCUUUGUAAAAAUGUUUCUUCAUCCUCAAUGUAACAGGAGUGUGUGAAUAAACACAGACCUCCGUGUGUGA